AUGAAAAAUGACUUUCAAGAAAUAAUUUAAGAUAAAGUUAAAGAUUAAAAAAAUUAUGAAAAAUUAUUGGAUGAAUAAAUAAUUUUGUGUAAGGAUGAAGAGAAUCGUAAAUACAUUCUCGGAAUAGAUAAUUAUUAAUAUAAUGAAGAGUAGAAUAAAUUUAUAAUUAAAUACAAUAUCAAUGGGAAUACAGAUAAUAUCAUUUAAGAAGCUAAAUCCUUAUCUUAAGUAUAGCUAAAUACUUUAGAAGAAAAACUUAAUAUUUUUGAUUAACUGCUUGAAUUAGCAGAGUUUUUAAAAAAGAAAAGGAUCCUACAUAAUAAUAUUAAAAAAAAUAAUUUGAUUCUUUAUUAAAAUAAAUUAUAUCUCACAGAUUUUGGAUAUCUAUAAAAAUAACAAUAAUCAAAUAUGUUUAUAGAUCAAAAAAAUUUUGUAAGAACACUUAAUAAAGAUUAGUAACGAUAGAUUUAUCCAUAUUAAAGUUAACAACUUUUAGAAAUUUUGAAUGCGUAUUAUUUACAGAAUGAAGAAUUAAUGGAAUAAUUUGAAUAAAGAUAACAAGAGCAUAUUUAAAAUAAUGAUUAGCAUGUAUUAACAGUUUUGAUGUUUGAAAUAUUUUAUCAUUAUGAAAAAGACUACAAAUAUGAUUUAUAGAAUUCUUUAAAUUUGUCUAAAAAAGCAAAUAGAAAAAAUUAGCUUAAAUGGAUGAAAGAAAAAAAUUCAGAUGUGUAAGAUUAUAUACUCAUAAUAAUAUAAUAAAUACUGAAAAAGAGAUUUAUUAUAGAUAAUUAAUUAUCGGAAAAUUUUCCAAAAUCUUUAUCAGGUUGUAUUUUUUAAAUUGAUAGAGAAAGUUUAAUAAAUAUUGACAAUUAGAAAUUAGUUUAAGAAUACUUUGAAAAUAAAAUUUAACAGUUUGAUUAGGAAUCAUUAUAUUGUUUUACUUAUAAAGAACUUUAGUAACUAUAAGGUCAAAUCUAAAAUUCAUAAAAUUAAUUUGAAUAAGAUUUAAAAUAAGAAAUAGAAAAAAUUUAAAAACUUUAUGAUAAUAUUGAUAAUAAGUAAUUGAAUAAGGAGAAUUUUAAAUAAUUAGAAUUAGAAGAAUAGUUCAUUUGCUUAGUUUAUUUAGAUCAAAAAAUUGUUGAAUUUGAUAUUAAUUAAAAUCAAGACCAAUCUUAAGAAGUAAAGAAAUUAUUAGAUUAUUAUACUUUAAAAUAAGAAUUAAAGGAAUUUUAUGUUGAAAUAAAUGAUAAAUAAUAAAAAGAUUUUAAAUUUAAUGAUUCUUUUUUCAAAUAAUAUAGGAUCUAUAUUGAGCCUCUUCCUCAAUAAAUCAAUCAAUCUUUAUAAUAAUCCUAAUUAAAUACGCUCUAUAAAAUUGAUAGAGAAAAAUUAAUAAAUAUUGAAAAUUAGAAAUUAGUUUAAGAAUACUUUGAAAAUAAAAUUUUAGAAUUUGAUUAAUAAUUUCUAUAUUAUUUUACUUAUAAAGAAAUUAAGAAUAUACUCAAUCAAUUCUAAAAUUCAUAAAAUUAAUUUGAUUAAGACUUAAAAUAAGCAAUAGAAAAAAUUUUAAAACUUUAUGAUAAUAUAGAUAAUAAGUAAUAGAAUAAGGAGAAUUUUACAUAAUUAGAAUUGGAAGAAUAGUUCAUUUGCUUAGUUUAUUUAGAUCAAAAAAUAGAUGAACUUAAUUAUAAUUAAAAUCAAGGCCAAUCUUAAGAAGUAAAGAAAUUAUUAGAUUAUUAUACUAAUUUAAAACAAGAAUUAAAGGAAUUUUAUACUUAUAUAAAUAAGAAAGAAUAAUAAGAUUUUAAAUUUAAUAAUCCUAUUAAAAUAACAAGAAGGAUCUAAUCUGAGCCUCCUCCUUAAUAAAUCAAUCAAUCUUUAUCAUAAUCCUAAUUAAAUACGCUCUAUAAAAUUGAUAGAAAAAAAUUAAUAAAUAUUAAGAAUAAGCAAUUAGUUUAAAAAUAUAUUCAAAAUGAAAUUUAAGAAUUUGUUUUAUAAUUAGUAUAUUAUUUUACUUAUAAAGAAAUUAAGAAUAUACUCAAUCAAUUCUAAAAUUCAUAAAAUUAAUUUGAUUAAGACUUAAAAUAAGCAAUAGAAAAAAUUUUAAAACUUUAUGAUAAUAUAGAUAAUAAGUAAUAGAAUAAGGAGAAUUUUACAUAAUUAGAAUUGGAAGAAUAGUUCAUUUGCUUAGUUUAUUUAGAUCAAAAAAUAGAUGAACUUAAUUAUAAUUAAAAUCAAGGCCAAUCUUAAGAAGUAAAGAAAUUAUUAGAUUAUUAUACUAAUUUAAAACAAGAAUUAAAGGAAUUUUAUACUUAUAUUAAUAAGAAAGAAUAAUAAGAUUUUAAAUUUAAUAUUCCUACAAAAUAUAGGAUAAUUCAAAUUGAUAAGGAAAAAUAGAAAUUUGUUUAAGUGUAUGAUGAAAAUAAAAAUUUAGUAUAUAAGUAGGUAUUAUUAAAUUGUUUUACUAGUAACGAACUUUAGAAAAUACUCAAUCAAUUCUAAGAUCCAUAACAUUAUUUCAAAUAAGAUUUAAAAUAAGAAAUAGAAAAAAUUUAAAAACUUUAUGAUAAUAUUGAUAAUAAGUAAUUGAAUAAGGAGAAUUUUAAAUAAUUAGAAUUAGAAAAAUAGUUCAUUUGUUUAGUUUAUUUAGAUCAAAAAAUUGAUGAAUUUGAUAUCAUAAAUAAUCAAGACAAAAAUUCGGAAGUUAAUAAAUUAUUAUAUUAUUAUACUUUAAAAUAUGAACUAAAGGAAUUUUAUGAUUAAGUAUAAGAUAAAAUAAUAGAGAAAUUCAAUUUGAAGAAUGCUAUUAAUUUCAAUGAUAUUAGAUAAUAGCCUCAUGAUCAAUAAUGUCAUUAGUUCUAAUAUGAAUCUAUCAUUUGUAGGGAAUUUGGAAUGGAGUCUGAUUUAAUCUAUGUUUAUGAUGGAGAUUAUAUAAAUGAUAUGAAAUUGGAUAUUCAAAAUUAGUCCUAAUUAAUUAUUCAUAAGUUUUUGCCUCAUAAUAAUUAAUAUUAUUGCUAGUAUUUAAAAGUUGAAGUAUAAAGGAAAAAUUUUGAACCAAAGGUUAUUACUAACUUUAAUUUAAUAAAAGAAUAUUGGUUUGAAGAUAACUCAACAGUAAGAUUAAUUGAUCACAAAAAAAAAUUCAAAUAUUAUGGAGAAUAUUAAUUAGAUGAACAAGGAGAAAUUAAAUUCAAUGGGCAAGGUACUAAAGAAAUAUUAGAAAAGGAUAAAGAGAUGCUUGAAACAGGACAAGUAUUUAAAGUUAAGGGAAAUUUUAAAAAUAAUUAGUUGAAUGGAAAAUCGAUCACUUUUUAUCAUCACUAUGAUGAAAGUAAAAUAACUUUUAGUAUAGGAGAGUAUAAGGAUGGGUAAAUGUCUGGUCAACAUAUACAUUAUCCUUUAAAAGAUGAAAAUAUAAUAAUAAAAACAACUUAUCACUGGAAGUUCCUAAAAUAUUUUAAUUAUUAUUUUUAAACCAGUUGA